ACACACCUUGGUUUCACACAUCGGUUUCUGUGUACGUGUUUUUCGCCCCGAUGUUUUGCGACGGGCUAGUAAAAGUUUGCGAGUGGUUUUAUUCAGCGAGCAAAGUAAAUAGAAACGUUUUCCGCCACUUUCCGAGCGUAUCUGCGUAUUGCAUCGAUUAGGGAUAGUGCUGCUAAGCUGUUGGUGCGCCCGUGCGAGCGGCAUUCCAUCGUCAUCUCACAGCCUUCCGAAAACAUUGCCGGAACCCCACAUAUCGCUUGCUGGCCGACUCGGACGGAUGCGAUGUGUCAGUAGCAAUCUGGGGUUCUUCGUCGCGCUGGGCCGCCUACUGAUGCUACCAAAACAAAACUUUCCGUCGUGGUUGUUCCGGUUCCAGCGGCAAUAGCUAGCCUAUGUCGGGCGGUGCAUCACUAUCACUGGUUAGAGCACAGAAACCCAGCUUUGGCCAUUCGGGGCAGUAAGCAGCAGAUCGUACGUAGAAAAGCUAAAAGAUGAAGUCGUCCUAUCGAGCGGUCGGUGGUGGUUGGUGGUAUGUCGUAGCGGUCGUUGCCUCGCUUAUUGUCACCUACGUCGCGGCAGACGAGCAUAAUCAUAUGUACGAAGACCAUGAGGAAGUUGUGCUAUGGAUGAAUACUGUCGGCCCGUACCACAACCGGCAGGAGACGUACGCUUAUUUCUCGCUCCCAUUCUGUGUCGGUGCCAAACAAUCGAUCAAUCAUUACCACGAGACCAUGAGUGAGGCUCUCCAGGGAGUUGAGCUGGAAUUUAGUGGGUAUGACAUCGAUUUUAAAGAUGACAUAAGCCCAACGGAGAUCUGUAUGGUGGAUCUGUCCGAGGAGAAGCACAAAGCGUUUGUAUACGCCGUGAAGAACCAGUACUGGUACCAGAUGUACAUCGACGAUCUGCCCAUCUGGGGCGUGGUAGGAAAGGAGGAAGACAAGAAGUACUACAUCUACACCCACAAAAAGUUUGACAUUAGCUACAAUGGCAAGCAGAUCGUGGACGUCACGCUUACGCCGGAGCGCAAGGAGCUGCUGCGGGUUGGGGCAAAGAUCAAGUUCACGUACGAGGUGAACUGGAAGCCGAGCUUGGUCAAGUUUGAGGAUCGGUUCGACAAGUAUCUUGAUCCAAACUUUUUCCAGCACCGCAUCCAUUGGUUUAGCAUCUUCAACAGCUUCAUGAUGGUGAUAUUCCUGGUCGGGCUGGUGUCCAUGAUACUGAUGCGUACGCUGCGCAAGGACUACGCUCGCUACAGCAAGGACGAGGAAGCGGAUGAUAUGGAACGUGAUCUUGGCGAUGAGUACGGGUGGAAACAGAUACACGGGGACGUGUUCCGGCCAGCGUCGAAUGUGAUGCUCUUUUCUGCCUUAAUCGGUGCCGGCUAUCAACUAACAUCGGUCGUGCUGUGUGUGAUUACAUUCGCAAUCUUGGGCGAACUUUACACGGAGCGUGGAUCGAUGCUGUCGACGACAAUUUUUGUGUACGCAGCAACGUCACCCAUAAACGGAUACUUUGGAGGAUCGCUGUACGCGCGAAUGGGAGGCAAGCAAUGGAUAAAGCAAAUGCUGAUGUCCGCCUUCAUCGUGCCAGCGCUUGUCUGCGGCACCGCUUUCUUUAUCAACUUCAUUGCAAUCUACUACCAUGCCUCGCGAGCCAUUCCCUUCGGAACGAUGGUUGCUGUAACAUGCAUCUGUAUAUUCGUCAUUCUACCCUUGACACUCAUCGGAACAAUCGUUGGCCGGAACUUGGACGGGCAACCGGACUAUCCGUGUCGGGUGAAUGCGGUUCCGCGCCCUAUCCCCGAAAAGAAGUGGUUUAUGGAGCCGGCUGUGAUUAUUCUUCUGGGAGGAGUGUUACCGUUCGGGUCGAUAUUUAUCGAGAUGUACUUCAUAUUCACCUCCUUUUGGGCGUACAAAAUCUACUACGUGUACGGUUUCAUGCUGCUGGUAUUCCUGAUCCUCAUCAUCGUGACCGUGUGCGUCACGAUUGUGUGCACCUACUUCCUGCUGAACGCGGAAGAUUAUCGAUGGCAGUGGACCAGCUUCAUGUCAGCGGCGUCCACGUCCAUCUAUGUGUAUAUGUAUUCAUUCUACUACUUUUUCUUCAAAACGAAGAUGUACGGUCUGUUCCAGACGGCGUUCUAUUUCGGCUAUAUGGCCCUGUUUUCCGGUGCGCUCGGUAUCAUCUGCGGGACAGUAGGGUACUUCGGUACAAAUCUCUUUGUGCGAAAGAUAUAUUCCAAUGUAAAGAUUGACUAAGCAACUCCUUUCCCACUUCUCAUCGGUGUAUCAACACACACACACACGCACACACCGGCCGAUAAUCGGCAUCCUUGAGAGCGCGUCGUAAGGAUUGGCAUUAGCGAACCGUAUUUUUUUGCUGAUGACACUUCUUAUUUAAAAGCGGCGCGAUGAGCGUUAUAAACUUAACACCUUGAAAACCUUCCGCAGUUCGUGCUUUAGUUUAACGUUCUACCAUCUAAUAUCUAAUCAGCCUGUCCCGACGAUGUACGAUGAUGGCAGGUGGAACUGGAAGGAAUAUAUGUAUGUGUAUUGUGCAAAACCAGGUGUGUUAGUAGCUGACUGAGCUGAUUCGAAUCGCAAUAUGACAAAGAGUCGAGCUUUUUGUAUGAGGUUAAAGUGUCCGGUGUUAGAAACGCGCCGGACGGAGCAAGGCAGCAUUUGUAACAGGAUGUGUGUGUAACCGUAAUUUCGUGCUAAGGUGUGUCAUGCGGACAGAUCGCCGGCGGGAUACGGUGAACGUAUAUGUAACCUUUAUUGAACAGCAAUCAGUUGCGUAGCGUAUGUUUAGUUCGAAAGCGGCUAUCGGUGUUGUACUGCGCGCUGGGCGGAGGAGCUGGCGGUGACUGUACUGAACUCUUUGCACUUGAUUGCGGUGCACUUGGCGCUGCAGAAUCAAGCGCACUUCUUAUUUAUAGUCAUACAGGGCACAGGGAUAGUGGUGAAGACGUGACUGGCCGUACCGUAAGUGCUGAUUCGUUCUGUUCUAAGCCCGCGAAUGGCGCGCAUUCUAUGUUGCCUUAUUCAAUCUAAUCCUUUGGUUAACAAUCAGCUUACUUGGACUGUGUAUUAAACCGAUCGUCGUCGGACAGAGAGCGAGAGAGAGAGAGAGAGCGCGAGAGAAGAAGGCCACGGGGUGAUGUUGUACGAGCUAAACGAAUACAAACCAUAACACCUUCUCUUACCACCUGCAAUGAAGUUUGCUACGUUCCAGUAUCGCAGUAUGUAAAAUUAUGCUUUUGUUUUUAUUUUGAACCAGAGGAUUACAUAGCUUACUGAAAAUAGAACUGAGCAUGAGUAUCGAUAGGAAGGGUGAAUCCUCCGUAAACCAAA